GCGUGUCUCUGCAUGCCCACGCAGCAAGUUUGCCCAGCCCGACUCAAUCUAUGGCGGGACUAACACGUCGCGUUGUCUUCAUCACCGGCGGCCUCGCGCUGAUGGUCGUCCUCCAUCUCGCCGUGGUCAUCUGGGCGCUCUUCCGGGCGCGCCCCUCCCGCCGCGUCGCGGAGGCUGAGCACGCGGAAGAAGAAGGCGGUGGUGCCGGGCUUGCAUCAGAGGAGGUCGGCGAGUUACCGUGCCACGAGUUCAAGGAGGAGAGAGCCGGCGGCGGCGGCGGCGAGUGCGUGGUGUGCCUGGAGGCGAUCCUCGCGGGCGCCCGGUGCCGGGUUCUGCCGAGGUGCGGGCACGGGUUCCACGCGGAGUGCGUCGACUCGUGGCUGCGCAGGAGCCGCCGGUGCCCCGUCUGUCGCACCGAGGCGGUCGAGCGGCGCAAGGACGCCGGCGUGGUUGCCGAGGCCGCCGCCGCCGCGGAGAUCGUUACUGAAAGUGGAAGGUAG